AUGGGGGAGGCCAUCAUCAAAGGAUGCACAACAUUCACUGACUAUUCCUGGGAUGGGGGGAUACGCUACGCUCGCCAAGUCAUUCCCCGACGUCCCCCAAAGAGGGCUGAGCCUGCGCCCAGACUGCUCCCUGACUGCGACAGGGGCGCCUCGGCCUUGCCACUCCCAAGAUGGCGCCACUACCUGCCGCUUCAGCUCUCUGCCCCACUCUCCACGCCACGGCGCCGAGAUGGCGGCCGGACGCGCGGUCUGACCGAGCCGCCGGCGCAUCACUUAAAAUGGCGGCCACUGGGCGGGGCGGCUGGGCGCGAGGCACGCUGGGGCGGGCGCGCGGGGUGCCGGGAACGGGGCGGAGCGCGGCCGCGCCGGCGCGUCGAGGGGGGACAGGCAGCCGCCGCGAUGGACGUGUUCCUCAUGAUCAGGCGCCACAAGACCACCAUCUUCACGGACGCCAAGGAGUCGAGCACCGUGUUCGAGCUGAAGCGCAUCGUCGAGGGCAUCCUCAAGCGGCCGCCCGACGAGCAGCGGCUGUACAAGGAUGACCAACUUCUGGAUGAUGGCAAGACACUGGGAGAGUGUGGCUUCACCAGUCAGACGGCACGGCCGCAGGCCCCAGCCACCGUGGGGCUGGCCUUCCGGGCAGAUGACGCUUUCGAGGCCCUGCGGAUCGAGCCCUUCUCCAGCCCGCCCGAGCUGCCCGAUGUGAUGAAGCCACAGGACUCAGGAAGCAGCGCCAAUGAACAAGCAGUGCAGUGAGAGGGCUCCUGGCCCGCCCCCGGUGCCCCCCCCCCCCCAAUAAAAGAGAUUUGGGCGUCUGCCUGGUUGCUGCCUUUUUCUGCGCACCCUCUCCUGACUCAGGCAUCACCUUCCCUGGGACGGGGUCUGCUCCCCUGCAAGUCUCCUCCUCAGCCCCGUGUACUUGCGAGGCUGGCCGUGGCUGUGGGACCGACCCCCAAGCUCCUUGGGUCCCUGCUGUCACACCCACUAGAGCCUGCCCCUCCGGCUGGGGGCAGAGAACCAGGAGGAACGCAGAGCCCCAGGCCAGCCUUCUGCUCAGCCUGGGGACAGAGGUUCCUUCUAGGACUUCCAGCAAGCAGGCUCGCUCAGGCUCUGGCGCAGCCUCUGGGCUGAGGGGCAGAGGCCAAAAUGUCAGCCGGAGCCAGUGUGGUUCCACAGGGAACCCACCGCCUACAGCCAGCCACCUUACCUGAGUCCUCUAAGGCUUUUGGGGGGUGGGGGGGCAUUCAAAGUGAAAAGACUGCUCACUCUCCACCCUCCACCCCUAAUAAAUAAUCUACAGACCCAA